GUCCGGAAUGUGAGCAGGUGUCAAGAACUAUACACGAAAGAGAAUGGUCAAAAUAUCUUUCAAAUCCCAGUGACGCUAACCGUUACGCUACGAACCCUGUUACUUCAAUUUGACACCAUUUAAGUGGACAGCUUGGUGGCCUACUAAGCUGUCCAUUCAUUCACUAAGUACUGAUUGAACGUUUAUCUUUUUUUUUUUUAUGAAACAGUUGACAUGUUGAAAACAGUUUCAUUUUAUCACAUAGGCAACCAAGUUAGCAAGCCGCUUUAUUUUGAUUUGCGCACAGGUCGCGCAAGCAAGCAAUGAUCAUUAUGAUGGCGUCGUUUUAACGUUACCUGGAUGCUUCUUGGCAACCCUGUUGAUUUUUACUUGUGGAUGGCGACUUCAGCUUUUCGGAAAAAGAUUGAAAAGUAUCGUGACACUGUGUUGAUCAGAGUCAGCGCAAAUUUGGAUUAUAAUGACAAGAAAAUUGAAUUGACAGAGAAUGGAGUGUACUGAAUUAAUGCAUAAGGUAAUAAAUCCCAGGACAGCGGCAUCGUAGAGAUGGAGGAGCUUCCUGUCCCUCAGAACAUCAAGAUCAGCAACAUCACAUGUGACUCUUUCAAGAUUUGCUGGGACAUGGAGCCCCGUGUCAAGGAGCGCAUCACUCACUACUUCAUUGACCUCAAUAAGAAGGAGAACAAGAACUCCAACAAGUUCAAACACAAGGAUGUCCCCACUAAGCUGGUGGCGAAGGCGGUUCCUCUGCCCAUGACGGUGAGGGGUCACUGGUUCCUCAGCCCGCGUACAGAGUACACUGUGGCCGUCCAGACAGCUUCCAAACAGACCGACGGAGACUACGCUGUGUCAGAGUGGAGCGAGAUCAUAGAGUUCACCACCGCCGAUUAUUCCACGGUGCAUCUAACCCAACUGCUGGAGAAGGCUGAGGUCAUCGCAGGGAGGAUGCUGCGCUUCUCUGUGUUCUACAGGAACCAGAACAAAGAGUACUUUGACCAGGCCAGGGAGGUGCAUGGGAACCGCAUGCUGCCAGCAGUGAAGGACAACAGUGGAAGCCACGGCUCACCUAUCAGCGGAAAGCUGGAGGGCCUCUACUUCAGCUGCAACACAGAGUUCAACACAGGCAAGCCCCCCCAGGAUUCCCCCUACGGCCGCACACGCUUUGAGAUCCAGGCUGAGACCCUGUUCAACCCCAAGACUAACCUCUACUUCGGGGACUUCUACUGCAUGUAUACAGCCUACCACUACGUCAUACUGGUGCUGGCCCCACAGGGCUCGCCCGGCGAUGACUUCUGCAAGGCAAGGCUGCAAGCGCUCGACGUCACCAACAACCACUUCCUGACGUGCACGCUGGACGAGGAGGCGGGCGACGGGGCGCUGGUGUUCCGGCACGCCCAGGAUGUGAUCCUGGAGGUGAUUUACACGGAUCCCGUGGACCUGGUGCUGGGCACGGUGGCAGAGAUCAGCGGGCACCAGCUUAUGAGUCUUUCUACUGUCAACGCCAAGAAGGACCCCAGCUGCAAGACCUGCAACAUCAGCGUGGGACGCUAGUGGGAGACUGGACUGGACCUGUGCUACAAACACAUGCAACCCCAACCUUUACACACCUCUAUAUCCACAAAGAACCACCCUCCCAAAAGAAGAACAGUGCAAAAGAGGGACCCAGACUGUGAAAGAAAUGUAACUGGGUGCGGUGCUAGAAUUCACAAUCCAAUAGCAUACACACACAAACAUACACAUAAACAAAACACAUCAUCCAUAACCCUUUACAUCCUUCAAGGACCACCCUCCCAAAAGUGUCGAACUCUAUUCCAGCCUCCCGCCAACCCCAUCAGAAGAGAAACAAUGCAAAAGAGGGAGGAGCCCCAACUGAAAGAUCUACAGCUUAAGUGUGGGACCCCAACAACCCUUUGUCAGCAUCAUCCAAACCGGCUAGCCAACACUGGUCAAUUAACUGACUGAUCCCUUUAAAUGUUCUAACCAAACAUUCAUUGUUGCCUGCAUUUAUUCACACAGCUUUUCUCAUAGAUUUUCCCUCCUGUUGUUUUUCAAACAUCUCCUUCUCCCUUUGACCUUUUCUGUUCACUUCAGUCCAGGUAGACAGGUGGUUGUGUUCCUCUUUUUCUGUCUCUUCUGGAAGGUGUUAGUUUUGUCCAAGUUACUCCAUACCUCCCUCCCUCUAUUGGCAGAGACUGGUACUAAUUUAGGGCUGCAGUAUCAUCAUCUUUAUGCCAAAGGUAUCACAAAUGGAAAUAACUUGCUGUAGAAUAACAAUACUAAUGCAACAGCCACUAAAAAGCAAAUUAACUCUGAGAUCAACUUGGUAAUUACUACUUGUUAACCUUUAAAAGCAUGAUGCUGUCAACUGCAAUGUUAUGUUUUAUUUAUUCUAGUUAUAAGGAAACCAUAGACUGUGUUUAGCAAAUUUAAGUGUGAAAAUAUUUAUUUUUUACUGAUAUAUAUAGAAACCAGAAGUGCACAAUGUCAAGAGAUCUGAUCAUAGUAAAGAAUGGCAUUUUGGGAUGAAAAACACAUUUGACUGCAGGAGUAACUUGCCCUAUGCCAACAUUCACACAUUUUUUUUCAAGGUAAUGUAUAACUUGAAUUGCCACAAUGCAUCAUGUCAACUAUUAACUAAUACAUAUCAUAGUACAAAGUGGGACUAAAAACUGAUUGACAUACACAAAUAUUCUACAGGAUUGUCGGAUUGUAUAUUUGGAUGACAUAUCCUCCUUGCCAAGAUUGCACUUUUCAAAGUGCCACAUUUGAACAUAGUACACCACCUGUUAUACCGAGAAUAGUUUUGCGAGAAGAAAAUGCAAGUAACAAUAGUGUCAUAAAAUAGCUUAGAAAUUGAUAACAUGUAUCUAACAUCAACUGUGUUAUAUUUGUUCUCUUUGUUUCUUUCAAAUUAAACUGUUACACUCGCUACAUCAGUUGCAUAAAAUAUUAUAAUUCCAUCAGUUGCAUAAAAUAUCAUUUGUUAUCAUAAAUAACAAAGUACUUGUUAUGGGACAAAAAAUUGUUGGAUGUCGCCCAGCAACUCUUGUAUCAUCUUGCCAUCACUCUUAACCAAAGUGAGAGUCAGUCAACAUCAAAGUAAUUUAAAGUGCAUCACCAUGUAACCAUGGCAUGAAACAUGACAAGAAGUACCGGUAUUUCACUUUGAAAAUUGUUCAGAAACUAAAGGUCCUAUAAAUGAGUAAAAAAGUGUUUCAAAAUAAAAGACCCACUGUGAAGGAAGCUUAGACAGUCUUCUAAGUAUCCUGUUUACUGAGCAGGGCUUCCAGUAAGUGGAGUUUAGCUUUUAGGUUCUUGUACUCGCAGUACUCCUCUGCCAUGGGCCCGCGGUCCUCUUUCUGGGCAUUCCUUUAAAGACGAGGAAGAGAAACAUACUAUCUUAAUAUUUUAGACAAGCUGCAGCUUCCUUUACUGGUAUAGUCCUUGUGUUGCCUUAUUCAGAUAACAUUGUACAGUGAGUAUUGUAAUUAAAGCAUUGUAUUUUAGGGCUCUAUUCAAUCUGCAUCACGGAAAUUCAGCUUUACAGCAUGAUUGAAAUUUAAAGGCAAUGUUCCCACUUAGGUGGAGAAUGCAUUCAUGGUAAACGCUGCUUAUGUCGGCUCAAUCGGAAAUGGACUUUACAUUUCUAUUGGGGAAUCUGUAAUGCUUCAGUGUUACAGAUUGAAUAGAGCCCUAUUUUUAAAAAAAACAGCUACAUGUACAAAAGAUGUGUAUACUGUAGUUCAGAGCAGUUGUCUAUUUCUCUGUCUCUCUCCUAAGUACUUCUUUGUGUCGUAAUAACGUGAGUGUGCAUCACGCUGUUGUAUCAUUCUGCUGAAUUCUUUUGGUGGAUGUUUUUAUUUUAUUUUUCACAAGGCAUUGUUGAACUAUGGAUACCAAAUGUUCCAGUUUGUUAAAAGAAAAUUAAAGAAAAAGCAAACA